AUGAAUCCACAAGCAAAAUUACUAGGUCAUUGUGGUCCUGUGUUUAGUACUAAUAAUUCACCUGAUUUUAAAUGGCUUGUAAGUGGUUCAGAAGAUUGUUCAGUAAGACUUUGGUCAUUAGAUUAUCCAUCUUGUAUCAUGUCAUUUAAUGAACAUGAUGGACCAGUUUGGGAUGUACAGUAUUGUCCAUUAGAAUAUUAUAUGUUGAGUUCAUCAUAUGAUAGAACAGCUAGAUUAUGGACAUCUAAACAAAAUAAAAGUGUACGUAUAUUUGGAGGAGAUGGUGGACAUAAUGAAGAUGUUACAUGUUCAGUAUUCACUCCUGAUGCAUUGAUGGUUAUCACAGGGUCAGCAGAUAAAACAAUAAAAAUAUGGGAUGUUGGAAAAGGAAAGAAAAUGGCAGAUUUAACAGGACAUGAUGCAAGUAUUAGUUCAUUGGCUAUUAGUUCAACAGGAAGAUAUCUUGCAUCAGGAGAUGAAAAAGGGUCAGUUAUAUUAUGGGAUAUUAAAUAUGGAGAACAUGUUAAAAAAAUUAAAAUGCUCAAAACAAGUAAUCAACCAAUUAUUUCUAUGGCAUUUUCUAAUGCAGUAUCAAAAGAAAGAUGUGAUGAUAUUAUUCUUGUUACAUGUUGUAAUGAAAAUUAUAUUAGUCUUUGGAAUAUUCAAGAAGCAUUACAUGAAACAGAAAGUAAACAUAAAUUAGCAAUGAAUAGUGCAGAUAAUUAUUUAAUUAAACAAUAUAAUACUAAAGAUACUCCAGUUAUUGAUGUUCAAUUUACACGUAGAAAUUUAUUAUUAGCAGGUGGGAUUUAUAAUUCACCAGAAUGA